AUGGUCGCACCAGGCAGAGCUGGGGAGUCCGGGCGCCCGAGAGCGCACCGGAGAGCUGAGUGGAAGCGAGAACGCAGCUUCCUCCGGGGCCCCUGGGAACGUGGUGAUUUUUGCCGAGAGCCGCUUCAGGAGUUCCUGAGUGGGAAGGGCUUGGUGAUCUAUCCGAAAAUUGGAGACAAGCUGGACAUCAUCUGCCCCCGAGCAGAAGCAGGGCGGCCCUAUGAGUACUACAAGCUGUACCUGGUGCGGCGUGAGCAGGCAGAUACCUGUAGCACGGUGCUCGACCCCAACGUGUUGGUCACCUGCAAUAGGCCAGAGCAGGAAAUACGCUUUACCAUCAAGUUCCAGGAGUUCAGCCCCAACUACAUGGGUCUGGAGUUCAAGAAGCACCAUGAUUACUACAUUACCUCAACAUCCAAUGGAAGCCUGGAGGGGCUGGAAAACCGGGAGGGGGGUGUGUGCCGCACACGCACCAUGAAGAUCGUCAUGAAGGUUGGCCAAGAUCCCAAUGCUGUGACGCCUGAGCAGCUGACUACCAGCAGGCCCAGCAAGGAGGCAGACAACACUGUCAAGAUGGCCACACAGGCCCCUGGUAGUCGGGGCUCCCUGGGUGACUCUUAUGGCAAGCAUGAGACUGUGAACCAGGAAGAGAAGAGUGGCCCAGGUGCAAGUGGGGGCAGCAGCGGGGACCCGGAUGGCUUCUUCAACUCCAAGGUGGCAUUGUUUGCGGCUGUCGGUGCCGGUUGCGUCAUCUUCCUGCUCAUCAUCAUCUUCCUGACAGUCCUACUACUGAAGCUACGCAAGCGGCACCGCAAGCACACGCAGCAGCGGGCGGCUGCCCUCUCGCUCAGUACCCUGGCCAGUCCCAAGGGGGGCAGCGGCACAGCGGGCACCGAGCCCAGCGACAUCAUCAUUCCCUUACGGACUACAGAGAACAACUACUGCCCCCACUAUGAGAAGGUGAGUGGGGACUACGGGCACCCCGUCUACAUCGUCCAGGAGAUGCCGCCCCAGAGCCCGGCGAACAUCUACUACAAGGUCUGAGUGCCCAGCACGGCCUCAGGCCCCUGAGGGACAGUCGGCCUGGACCGGACCUCUCCUUUCGCCCCCACACCCCCUCCCCUCGCCAGUUGUGCCCACCUUUGUAUUUAGUUUUGUAGUUUCUUGGCUUUUAUAAUCCCCCUUUUUCCCUGCCCCCUGGGCUUCGGAGGGGGGUGCUUGUGCCCCUAACCCCCAUGCUCUUGUGCCUUCCCCCUCUGGCCAGGCCUCUGGGCUCCGUGGGGGCGCCUCUUCUUGGAGGGCAGGGCUGGACGCUGGUGGACAGCAGGCAGGGAGGCAGUCCCCUGGCCCUGCCCCUCCCUCGCCCCCCUUGCCACCUUCCCAGGACUGCUUGUCCGCUAUCAUCACUGUUUUUAAUGCUUUUGUGUUCAUUUUUUAGCUGUCAACUCAUUUUCAUCUGUUUUUUGAAGAAAAAUGGAAAAAUGUAAAAGGCAGCCCCUCCCCAGGCUUUGUGAGCCUGGCCCGAGCCAGUAUAAGAGGGCCUGGGGCACGAUGUGGUCGGCCAGGAAGCAUACGAUGCCAUUUCUUUUAUAGACUCCUCGGUAUUUCUGGUGGGGUAAGGGGCAGGCCAGGGCUGUUCCUGCCCAUGAUGGAAGAGGAAAGUGCUACCAGGCAAGGUGUCCCACCCUCCCUUCCUUCCUGACCCUCCUUCUACGAGGCUUAUCCUGGCAAUGGGGUAGUCACUGCCACCCUUCCACCAAAAAAAAAAAAAAAAAAAAAAUCCCUUCCUUGUGGGAUUCUUGGGCAUCUCCUGCCUCCCUCACUCUCACGGUAAUUAAUGUCUUAAUUGGCUGUUGCCUGGGGAACAGGAGAGCUGCUGCAGGCAGAUGACCUCAUGGGGGGUGGAGGGAGGUGAGGUGCCCAGGUGGCUAUUUGCCCUGCAGAGCUGGGAGUUUCCCCCCUACCCCCGCCCUGUUCUCUCCUUACCUUUGGCAUCCUUUGGCCUGGUGGGGAAACAGAGGCCCAGGGUGGAGACCUAAGCGGGUAUAAGACCAGGUGGCCUGCCCCUUUUCUGGGCCCUGGCACAGGUGGGUAACCCCCACCCAACCCAGCUCCUGCUGCUGUCCCAGUCUUGGGCUGGGGCCUGGAAAGAGGAAGAGGCUGCCUGGGGCUGGGCCAGCCCGCUGUGCACUUUGACCCCAGUUCCUUGCCAGCACGGCUGCUAACAGACUGCCACUUGAGUGCGCCUUGCAGGCACUCCCAGAGCAGCCAUGGAAGGAGCUGGGCCUCACACCAUCCACCUCCACACUGCCUCCUGGCCAGCUGCCCACCCCAGUGCCAGGUGGGAGAGGGAGCAGAACAGCCAGCCCCUUCCAGGUGGCAGUCGGAAGGGUUUUUGUUUUUGUUUCUGUUGCCAUUUGUGUAAAUACUAGUCUUUUUGGAAAAAAAUAAUGUAAAGAUGUUUUGUAUAAACUCUGAAUUAUUUUCUUGUUGCUUUUUUCUUAGAAAAAAAAUGAGAACUAAAAAAAAAAAAUUAACCACAUGGAGAAA